AUAACUUCAUGAAUCAGCAUCGGGGUGUUGACUCUGCCAGAUGGUACAUGCCACCUCUAGAGGAAGAAGAGGUCCUUCAGAUGUUGCCUGCUUUCCCUUCUGUGACAGAGGAAACGGCUCUGGCUCGCUUCUAUACAUAUGGAGGCUCUGCUCAAAUGUUUUUUCUCGAGGCAGACACUGAGCAAGACUACAGGAUAAAGAAUCACGCUCUUGACAAUUUGACGUGGCCAAUGGUCACCACUGCUGGCGGAGCGCCCAAACAAAUGGAUGACAUCAGCAGUGUCCUGUUCACCAUAUUCGUGCCAGAGUGGCGGGAAGGAAAUUUCAAGACAACAGAGGCGGGGUUCGCGUCUAGGCAGAUGCGGAAGGGAAUUUACAAGACAUGCACAGAACGUUAUGGUCCUCAGCUGCACUCUUGGCUGAGCAAGGAUGACCCAUAUCCUCAGGAUGUCCAGGCUGUCCAGGCUGUCCAGACAAGAUUUCUGGCCUUUCAACGCCAGCUAGGCAUCACCAACCCAACAGCCGCCUAUGACAUAGAGCCGAGUGCCGAGGAUCCCUUUGUCAGCAAGAGAGGCAGCCUCAAUGAGACAAGCAGCAGCAAGAGCAAGAAAGCCGGUAGCAACAAGGCCAAAGGGAAGGGUGGUAGCAGAAGCAAGAAGCUUCUGCAAGCUGUCUUGUCGGGUGCCGGCAGUACUCGAUUGGCUGCACGGCUGCCCAGGGCAGGCAUGGUGCCUGUGCGGUCGGUGCUGGCUUUCCCGCGGCGUCUGCCAUUCCGCAGCCAUGCGCCCAGAUUGUCUUACCAGAAGGCACAGAAGUUGCUUUGCUGAUGUCUCCCACAGUACCAGUGCAUGCAUGUCCUGUGGAUGUCCAGUACCUGGUGACACCAAGACAAAUGGCGGCAUGCGUAUUGCUCGACGCUUGCUCAGCUCUGCCUGCAAAGUUGUGGUUUAUCGCCUGAGAGUGUCACUGUGGAUGGAUCAAGUGGUUGCUGCGAGUACAAUUCACUGCGACUUCACUGCGCUGGUAAACAUGCACUCCCGUCUACUGUGGCUUCCCCAAUGUUAAAAAAACAAGCC